AUGGCUUCUCCACUCAAGCCCUCUUCUACUCUCACCUGCUCUUCCGCGUCGUUUCCCGCGGCUUCAUCAUUGUGGCGCCCCGGCCGCGGACCCUAUACCGUGAAACGAGGCGCGUUCCUUCUCAAACGGCGACGAUUCCUUUUGAAGACCAACCCCCCCAGGCCUCUCCGCAUCUGGUCGCCCAAGACUGCAUCCGCCACCGCCAUGCCAGUGCUGCUCUUCCAACACGGCUUUUCCGCCCAAACCUCCUUCUACUCACAACUGCUCACGCGCAUUGCCAAGCACGGUUACAUUGUCGUGGCUCCCCAGAUGUACCCUGUAACAACAGGCUACAAUACAGCACCAGAGAUGCGCGGUUCAGCAAACGUCAUCGGCUGGAUGCGUAAACGUCUUGCCAAGGUCCUCGCCAACCGCCUUGAAGUGAAAGCUAUUCCGGAUUGGGACAAGUUUGCUAUUUCGGGACACAGUCGAGGCGGAAAGGUCGCAUUUGGAGUCGCACGGGGCUUGGUCAAGAAAUCCCCUGUUACAAUCGGGGCAGUGAUUCUGGUUGACCCUGUAGACGGCGCUUCGAACAAAACGAAAAAUUACCCAGCUACAUUGACCCACCGACCAGGCUCCAUCAGCCUGGGCAUUCCUGUACUCGUUAUAGGAGCAGGGCUUGGUCCCAUUCCAGAGCAACCAGGUGGAAUGCCCUGCGCACCAGCAUAUUUCGGCCACAAAUUCUUUUACUCGGAUCUUGCAGACUCGGCGUAUCAUGUGGUGAUGCCCAGGUAUGGACAUGCCGAUUUCAACAAUGAUAUGCGAGUGACUGUUAAUGUGUGCCCUGGAGGGCCAAAGAAAAAGAAAGCCCGGGCAGCUACUGCUGGGCUGGUGGUGGCGUUUCUCAAGGCCAAGCUUGAGAGUGAUUCUAGUGAUUUGGAUGAUGUGUUGGCCAAUCCAGGGCACGCUCCUGUUACUUUGUCCCCAGUUGAAAGUAAAUGA